AACUAAGUCCUAUAAAAAACCCACAUCACCAUCUCUUUCUCUACGCUCCUCUCUGUCCCGCCUCCGCCAUUGAUUGCUUCCUCGCAUGCUUUUUCGAUUUGGGCCCAAAAGUGAAAAGAAGCAGUGGGAGCGGCGGGCGCGGGCGCGCAGAAGAGCUGCUUGCCUUGCCCGCUGCGCUGCGCCUGCCAUUAUUGUUCCGUGACAUUCGAGCAAACACCUGCUCGCUCCGCUACUUGUACCGCCUGCUCUUCCAUCUUCAGCUCGGAGCCAUGGCAGAGGACCUUCAGCUUCCUUCCGAGCUUCUGGACGAUGGAUUCUUCCACGGCUUUUUCGUCGGGCAAGAGGAGAAACGGGUUGAUGAGAGGGAGGAGACGAGCGAUCACUCUUCCCUCGACGACGAAGACGACAAGGUGCUUGAUCUACGCAACGAGGCUACGGUAAAGGAGGCGGAGCUCCGGCGAUUGAACCAGUACCAGCAUCGGCUUCCAAAUCAAGCGAGGAACUCUAGCCCCUUGCUCGUCCAUCGUCAACUGCAGGCCGUUCGAAUCCUCCAUCUGAAGCAGCAACAGCUCCGGCAGCAGCAAUUAUGGGCUGAAAGACAAAGCAAAGCAAAAGGAGCCUGCCACUCCCCUGGCGUUUCUUCUUCCGGGCGUGCUCCGUUUCUAAUCCAGCAUCAACCCCUUCCUGGAUCCGGCAUGACAGCCUUCUUCCUUUGCAACUCCGGCGGCGCCAGAAAAGAAUCCACUGGCACCGGUGUCUUCCUGCCCCGCACGGCCGGGAGCAAGCCCCAGCCACAAAAGAAAUCAGCUUGUUCGACAGUGCUUAUUCCAGCAAAGGUAGUUCAAGCUCUGAACCUAGCAAAUCAUCAUGGAAGAGGAACAAACCCUAUGAGAAGUCAGAGCCAUCCCCAGCCUGGUGAUUUCAUUAAAACCUCCAUGAGCUGCCUUCCCCACGAGUGGACCUAUUGACCAACCUCACCGACUCUCUUACAGUCGCUAAUUGUGUUCACGUUCAAUUUUCAAAUAAGCCCGGAACACAUAUUUAAUCAUGGAGGAAAACUACCAGUUGUUAGUGGAAGAGGUGUCUGUCCUAAGCAAUUCAUUAUCAAUGAUUUUCUCAUGGAAGGUUGGUGAAGAUGUGCUGUUAGGGUAGGAUUUAUUGUCAAUAAGGUCCUCAAUUACCUACUUUGGGCCCACGGAUUAGCAAAGUCUCUUGGUCGUUGACUUAUCGCCUACCAUGUAUGUAUGUAGGUAUGAAUGAUAAGUAGAAAAGAAAAAAAAAUGUAAUGCAAGUGGUACUGCUUUGUGUUGUGUGAUUUGAAGUGAUAAUAAGAAACAUUCAAUAUCUCCUUCUGU